AUGGGAAACGAAUGCAGCUGCGGAGAAGUGAGCAGCGCGAAAGAGCGAAUGCCUAACGGGGAGGCGAACAAAAAGCUGCAAGAUGUGCACCUGUGCUGGGAUGAAGCCGUGGGGAAGAACCCCCUAAGCGAAGAGGAAGGUGCAGGUGAAAAAGAAGACAAAGAUAUAGAUGAAGAUGAAGAGACGGACGACAACUAUUUCUACCGUUUGGAGAAAAAAAAAAAUAUGAACAGGUCAGGCGAAAAAGGAAAACACAAAGAGGGGGCACAUACCGAUAAAAGGGACAUUUUCGGAGACCAUCUCGAGAGAGACUGCACCAUUAACGUGAAAAAAAUACUCAUGUAUGUUAGGGAGUAUGAGGACGAUUUUUUCCUUUUCUUUAAAAAGAGAAACGCCACAAAUUUGAUCUUCCUAAAGUAUAUAAUUUUAAAUUACGAAAAGUACAUGCUGCGCGUUGCUGAUACAGGCGUGGUGUACAUCGGGGAAGUCAGCCCAAAAAAUGAGAAACACGGAUUAGGAGUGAUCAUUACGCCUGACCAGUGCAUGUACAUAGGAGAGUUUGAGGAGGAUGAAAUUACAGGGUUCGGUUUGUAUGUUCAUUUCUCCAAAAGUAUUUAUAUAGGACACUGGAAGGGAGGCAAGACAAAUCACUACGGCAUGUUUACGCAUACAGAUGGUACGUUUUACAAAGGGCUCUGGUCAAAUGAUAAACAAAAUGAAAAGGGAAUUGAACAUGUUCAGGCGAAUUAUGUCUUUUUGGGGAAUUACAGAAGAGGAGAAAAAAAUGGCUUUGGAGCUUUUAUUCUGAAAAAUGAGUCCAUGUACAUUGGGCAUGUAAAAAAUAAUUGCUUCUCCAAAAAGGGGAUCUAUUUUUUUAAUAGGAAGAAAAUGUAUAUAUCGAAUUGGGAAAGGAACUGCAUAGGGGGUGCUUGCGAAAUUGUGUGGUUAGACAGGCGGCAGUUCUACGGGUAUCACUCUACCAAUAAUAGCAAGGAGGGCAUAGGAAUUUACAAGUGGAAUGAUGGGAGGAUCUAUUUUGGAAACUGGUCUAACAAUAAGCAGCACGGUUAUGGCGUCUUCAUUGUGAUUAAGCACAUUAGGGAAUAUGAGCGGAGAGAAGGGGCCCCCCUUUUCUUCUUUUUCGAGCAAACACGGAAGGUGAAGGAGUACUUCUUUUUAAAUCUUCUAAAGGAGUCCUUUUUUGAGAAGGGCCGGGUGCGCGCCGAGCUGAAGAGGGCCAUCUGGGGGGGAGCGGCAGACCAGUACGAGGCAUGCGGCGCCCCAUUCAGUGCCGCUUCACAAGAGGAGCCACCUCGGGAGGGACCCCCAAACGGAAGGACACCCCAGUGUAACCACCUGGACGCGUACCUCUUCCUGAUGACUCUGCUGCGCAUGAGGUAUUACCAGACCUGCCGCUCCUACUUUGACCACCUGCAGAGGAAAAAAUGCAACAGCUUCAAAUUUAACUGCACCUUCUAUGAAAGGGUGAGGGAGCACAUCUGUUCCGUGACCAACAGCUUCUUGACUCGGCGCGGGGUGCAGGAGCGCUGGGGGGGCAGCAACUCGCGGGGAGAGGGAAGCACUGGUGAAGAGAGUGACCACUCGGGUGAGUCGAACGAAUCGAACGAAUCGAACGAAUCGGACGAAUCGGGAGAGACAAGUGGAGGCACUGGUGAAGAGACGGACGACUCGGACGAAUCGGAAGAGACAAAUGGACGAAAUGGUGAUGAGACCCAUCGGGGGGACCACCCCUCUGGAGAGAAGAAUCCCCCCCAGCAGAGGCACCAAACAGAGGAUAACCACCCCCCCUUCGAGGACAUCGAACGUCUGAAAAAUUACCUAAGCUGCCUAAACCUGAGGCACGUCACCGAAGGAGACAUCACCCCCCGCAGCCCCCUGUUUACAUUCGCAUCCUGUAACCUUGUCCUUAAGCUGGGCAGGUGGAAAAAUGGGAAGUUGCAGGAAUGGAUUCACUCCAGCGAUCGCUCGCGCGUAGGGGGUGGGCGCGUCAAGGAGCAGGCAGGGUCGUCAAAUGGGAAAAAGGGAAGGAAACAAAAAGAGGGGCGCACGCAGGAAUUGCUCCCCAGGCCGUGCAAUCGCUGCGUGAUCGAUAAAAUUCUGGACCGCAUGUCUUCCUCCGAGGGGGAGAGCCAAAGGAGCGGCCAAACGAACGGUCAAACAAACCACCAACUGCAAGACCACCAACUGCAUAACCACCAACCGCUUAACCACCAACCGCUUAACCACCAACCGCUUAACCGCCAACCGCAUGGCGAACAAGAAGAAACCCGCAGCGAUAGCGGUUCAGGCUACACCAGUGGGGGAAGUUCCUUCGAGGCGACAUCCCCCACGUCCCAUUUGAGAGAUGGUCACCAGGCCACCAGCUUUACCCUAAGGGGAGAGCUAAAUGUGAAAAGCAGUUUUGCCGAAGAGAGCAGCGUACGGAAGGGAGUAGAUCCAGGGGGGGUCCCACCGGCAAGCAUCCUCCACAAGGGGGAAGAUAACGAAGGGGACGUGGACAGUACCCACGAAAUUAAUGUGCGGCAAGCGUUGCGGGGGGAGAGGGGGUCCCGUCUGGGGCAGGAAAGUGACUCCAUGGGGGGGAAGAAACCAGGGCAGCGGGGUAGAAACGAUGCGCGUGAGGGUAGCGAAAAUGAUGCACGUGGGGGUAGCAAAAAUGGUUCACUUCGGGUCGGCGAAAAUGAUGCCCGCAGGACGAACAAAUCACGCCCUCGUUUUGCGAGCCUCCCAGAGAAGGACGAGGAAGGCAUCCUCUCCAGCGUCACCUCUCACAACUACGACUUGCCGAAGAAGGGGUUCUCCCUAAUAUGGAGUCUGAAGAGGAUGAAGAAUUCCCAUUUGUCCGCCAAUGAGCACAUAGCGUUUGAGGCCCCGCAGGCGUAUGACGAUGAGGAAGACGGCCAGUCGGGGGCACGCCAUAAAAAGAAGAAGUCCUUUUUUGGCAAGUUCCUGCGGGGGGGACGUCGUAUAGGGGGGGAAGCCAAGCGGGAGGAGUGA